CUGCGCUACCCAAGUUCAUUUUUUCAUUUUUGCUUCAGGGGUAUCUAUCUUACUGGCGCCAGCAUCCUUGGAGGUGGUGUCAAAGCCCCUCGUAUUCGGACCAAGAAUCUGAUCAGCAUCAUCUUCUGCGAAGCCGUGGCUAUUUAUGGUAUCAUUAUGGCGAUUGUCAUCGGAAAUCAGAUUGAGUACUUUAAUCCGGAAAAGGCCUCUGAGGCCGUUCUCCGGGCCAACUACUUGGCUGGCUUUGCCAUGUUUGGCGGCGGUUUAACGGUUGGCUUUUGCAAUCUUGUCUGCGGCAUCUGUGUGGGCAUGGUGGGAUCAGGCGCGGCACUUGCCGACGCCGCCAAUCCGUCGCUCUUCGUGAAAAUUCUUAUUAUUGAGAUUUUCGCCAGUGCUAUUGGACUCUUCGGUGUUAUUGUCUCCAUCAUACAGGUAAGUACUCCCCAAACCUGUUUGCCUGGCUAUGAGCGCGAACCCUCCAGAAAAUCAGAAUGUAUUAUUGUUAUUAUUCCUGACAUUGAUGAUGAUCAUCGAGUCGGGAAAAUCGUAGAUAGGUCAACAUCAGUCUAA